UGAAGAUCAAGGAGUGGAAAGUUCUUCACCAGCCCUGAGAUCUUAAGAGUGGUAUUUGUGAGACCAGCUACUUUGAUUAAAAUUCUUUUAGGAUCUGCUUUGGACGUAUCCUAUUUAUGCAAGAUUUCAUCAUGGGCAGUGGCUAUUACAACAUAGUGGCUACCGUGUUGUUGGUCAUGAAUUUUGAGAGGACAAGAUCCAUGCAGGAUUCAUGUAGUAAAUGCCCAGCUGGUACUUUCUGUGGGAAAAACAAGAGUCAGAUCUGCAUUCCUUGUCCUCCAAAUAGUUUCUCCAGCACCAGUGGACAAAAGGCCUGUGACAUUUGCAGGCAGUGUGAAGGUGUUUUCAGGACCAAGAAGGUGUGUUCCCCCAUCAGCAAUGCGGAGUGUGAGUGCAUCUCAGGAUUCCACUGCUUGGGGGCAGGAUGCACUAUGUGUGAACAGGAUUGUAAACAAGGUCAAGAAUUAACCAAACAGGGUUGUAAAGACUGCCGCUUUGGGACAUUUAAUGAUCAGAAACAUGGCAUCUGUCAACCCUGGACAAACUGUUCUUUGGAUGGCAAGUCCAUACUUGUGAAUGGGACGAAGGAAAGUGAUGCAGUAUGUGGACCAGCCUCGGCUGGCUUCUCUCCAGGUACAGCCUCUGCCACCACGUCAGCCCCUGCAAGAGAUCCAGGUCAUACCUCCCAGAUCAUCACCUUCUUUCUCGCACUGAUGUCAGUUGCCGUGCUGUUCCUGGUGUUCUUUCUCAUCUUCCAUUUCUCUGUCAUUAAACAUGGCAGAAAGAAACUCCUGUAUUUAUUCAAACAACCAUUUAUGAGACAAGUACAAACUGCCCAAGAGGAAGAUGCCUGUAGUUGCCGAUUUCCAGAAGAAGAAGAAGGAGAAUGUGACCUGUAAAGCAGAAAUCUAA